AUGGCCGCUCGAUCCGCCCUUCUCCUCCUCACCACAAUUGUACCGGCCUGUGUAUCAGCACUCCAAGUCACGCCCAAUUCGCCAUGUGCAUCCUUCUGUCUAGACUCCAACGGCCUCGAUGCCUCGGAUCCCAACUCGUCCAAUACCAAGGGCAAGGACAUCACUUGUGUGGACGAUGAUUACAAGACUGGGGCCGCGGGACAGAAAUACCAGCAAUGCUUGAGCUGUCUUCAGGACAGCACCUUUGUUCAGGGCAGUGAGAACGACCAAGACUGGUUUCUGUACAACAUGAGGUACUCAUUCGACUACUGCAUCUUUGGGUACCCCAAUGCCACUGGCGUAGGCUCCAACCCUUGCCAGACAUCUACGGCAUGUGGCGCGUUAGAGGCUGCUCUCACAGACGGUGAAUUGGACCCAACAAAAUCAUCACAAUACGCAUACUGCGAUGCGGAUGGCGGCGCCAUGCUCGGCUCAGCCUACGACAAGUGCCUUUCGUGUGUAAGAGCAGGCGGUGAACAUUACUAUCUCUCAAAUUACCUCGUUGCCCUUGGAGCUGGCUGCCAGCAGAGACCAAACCCAGGCACACUAGUCGGCCUAAACGAUACUGUCUUCACAAAGGGCAUCAUCACCGUCGUCGACCCAAAGGAUGCGGCAGAUGCUGACAAAGCUAAAACUCCCACCCUCCCUAUGACGGCCAUCGUGGGCAUCGUCAUCGGAGCCAUCGUAGCACUCCUCCUGGCUGCCGGCUGCACCUUCAUCCAGUGCCGCAAGCGCAGGGCGCGCAGACAAGGCCGCGGCAUCAACCCAGAACUGUCUCGCCGCGCCAAGGGCCACCGCCCGGCCUCAUCUCUCUCGUUCCGCUGCCAGACGCAUCUCACACCAAAGGAACCAAACUUCUUCUCCGUGGAAGAAGAAGAGGCGCAAAACGAAAAGUAUCACUACGAGUCCAUGCGGCACCAGCAGCAACAGCAAGACAUGGCCCCUAGCCACGUAUCAAAACCCAGUCUCUGGAUGCCACAUAACUCCAUCACCUCCUUCACAGCCGCAGACCACAUCCCCUACACCGACAAGAAGCCCUCGCAAAAGGAACCCCUCACCCUCGCAAACAUCACCACAAGCCUCCCCAUCAUCCCCGUAAAAGCACACUCCCCGAAAUACAACAUGGCCUCCCCGCAAGACGAGUACGCCACCCCCACGUCAACCACCUCCGUCGCGCCGCUCCUCUCCUUCAGACCCUACGUUCCCUCAGAACACGGCUUCUCUACCCCGUCAAUGGGCAACGCGGCGACCUUCAGCCCGUCCACCACCUACGCCUCCCCGACCUCGGGCACGACGGCGAGCCCCUUGCUAAGCCAGGCCGGCUGGCCCGCGCCUGCGCCUGCGCAUAAUCGACACAUCCACACCGAGUCGUCGCCGCUGCCUCCAUUGGUAUCGGAUGCCUCCAAGACCAUCCCUGGCAUCGUGCGGGAUCUGGCGCGGCCGUUGCCGAAGAGAGUUACCUCGUUGGGAGGCAGCCCCGUAGAGAGCUACAAGAUCCAGGUGGCGUUCCCGCCGCCACCUCCGCACAAGAAGAGAUAG